AAGAAGCGACUGGGGUUCGUGUCUGAAAUAUUGAUGGUCGGCAACGACGUGCAGAUGAUCACGGGUAUGUCUUGCAUCUUUUGAGUUCCCCAUUUUCUCUACCAGCUACAAUAGGAUGGCUUUUGCUUACUGUCGUUUCAAAGGAAUUGCACUUAUUAGUACCGCACUUAGGAAAGAAAUUGACUUAUACCAUCUACACUUGGUUUACGACACCGUUAGUUUCGUCGGUGUUUCAAACGCUGCGGCUCUCGUCUGCUGGACUGUCAUGAGAGCCAAGUCGCUCGAAUCACGAUCUCGCCAUAGGAUAUUCCCGGCUUACUGGAAUGGCCGCUUCCGGGUUUCCUAUUUCUUUGCGAUUUUGUUCUUAGCACUUACCAUCUUCCUCGAAGUCCGACUCGACGAAUGGUCGCUCACGGCGGAAGAGGCCGGCUACUGCUAUAUAACGACAGGUCUCUCGGCACCGGGAGCCAGCCACCCGACAGCCGACAAAGCAUAUGUAGCGAUUACGGCGAUAUGGCUUUUGCUCGUCAUGUUCGGAUCCUUGUUCGCGUCGGUGAAGUUCAGGAAGCCGUUGCUGGUUCUCAGCGCGCUGCAGUUCCCAGUACACUUGUACAUGAUGAUCAAGCUCCGGAUGGAAAACUACCCCUACCUCGAGGGAGAAGAUGAGAACAGGUGGGAUUUCGGACAGACGACGGCGACCAUAUUGCUUGCUGUCACCAUUGUUCAACUGGUCCACCAAGCGAUCGAGUACGUGAAAUUCGAAAAAGCGCUAAAGAAAUACGGCCCCUCGUACGCGCUAGCUCAUGAGGACGACUUUUCGGGAUCGUCUACCCUGAUCGAGGAGGGCCUUAGGCAAAUCCAGGAAUCGAAGCAGAACACGAGUAGUGUCCGUCUCGAGCGAGGCGGCGAGACAAGCCAACGGGAGGAGAGCCACGAACUAAUAGAGAAUCAUGAAUAUAGGGGCUGAUUUAAGUUUAGUUUUCGAGUCGAAUAAUAUAGAAUUAUAUGAGUCGGCUGAAGGGUGUCUGUGCGGUGUUGUUUGUCUACCUUCUAUGAAGGGUCGUGUAUAUAAACGUUGCGUCUUGAAGAAACACUUCUAUUGGGCGACGAGUUGUUAGAUGUACUAAUGUACUAGUAUAUCCAAUCACCCUCUCCAUGUUUAUUACAUGUUUGUUUCAUAUUUCUUC